AUGGCAAACCCCAUUGACCCCAUGGUCAAGACAUAUGCAACGCCGCCGCCAAAAGUCUCAAAGGCAGACUUUGUUAUCGGCGGUAUCCUGUGCGCUGUUUAUGGGCUAGAGGAACUUCCGCCUCACGGCAAACAUGUUUCCUGUUUAUAUGUGUUGCACGCACGGGGAAAUGCGAUGCAAAGUAUGGAGGGCAUUGCAGCUACUGCUGUUGCAGACUGGAAUGGAAGGCUAAGGACGGGAAAGGUCGCCACAAGCCAGCAGGACCAAGGUCUCAUCGCAGUGUGUUUUGAUCAGAGGAAUCACGGCACGCGCCUGGUUGACAAGCUCCGAAACGACUCCUGGAGACAGGGAAACCCAAAUCAUGCGCAGGACAUGUUCUCCGUUUUCAAUGGCACGGCUCGCGACGUCUCCCAGAUCAUAGACACCAUCGGCAGCUAUGUCUUUCCAAAGGCUGAUCGCCACAUUGUCUACAAUCUAGUUCUUGGCGUCUCCUUGGGUGCCCACGCCGCAUGGCACUGUCUUCUCCAUGAACCGCGCAUCCAGGCCGCCGUCAUCAUCAUCGGAUGUCCAGACUACGCCAGCCUCAUGGCCGAUCGCGCCCGGCUCUCAAAGCUAGCGUCUUGGAAAGAUGGUCACCCUCCCGGCUCCCAGUUCCUUGGCUCCGAAGACUUCCCUCAGAACCUCGUGGACUUGGUCAGGACUUGGGACCCGGCUGGAUUAUUGCUGAGCUACAUGAAUGAACCAUCCUUGGACAGUCCCAUCCGGAACAGACCCGUGCACGACCCAACGGACGCAGAACAACAAGCCUUGAAGCCAAUUAUGAGACGGUGCCUGGGUGGAAAGAGAAUCCUGAACAUCGCCGGCGGCUCUGAUAAGUUGGUGCCGUACAGCCGUGGAGAGCCUUUCUUAUCCUGGCUUAAGAGAGCAAUCGCCCCUCACGGUUGGUUUGCCGACGGAAAGACGUCUCUGGAAGAUGUAAUAUUUGAGGGGGCGGGGCAUGAAGUGACGCCCGCUAUGGUUACGGAGGCCAUUCGCUUCGUUGGCGAAACGUUGGCUUCAAGCCGGGGCGAACCUAACUUGGGUGUUGUUCGCAUGUCAAGGAUUUAG